AUGGGCCGCGGCCUCCGGCCCGGGCUGCUCCAGAUCUCCUGGGUCCUCGUCCUGGUCAGGGGGGCGACGGCGGCGGCGGUCCGGACCAGAGACCCCGGCCAGGUCCAUCUGCCCCCAGCCCCGGGCCAGGCCCCGGCCCCGGCCCCCUACAUGCUCAACCUGUUCCGCGGCGCUCCUCCUCGGGCGCGCAUCAUCCGCAGCCUCCGGGCGCAAGGAGUGGAACUGGAAGAGCAGCGAUGGGUUUUCGCCUUUGAUUUCUCCUUCAUCAACCAGGCAGAGGAGCUGGAGAUGGCAGAGUUGAGGCUCCCCGUGCCCGUGUCCCCGCUGCUCGACCCCCUGAGCCCGGAGGCCCAAAAGCCACUCCUGGUGGAGAUCUUCCACCAGCCCAAACCGGACAGAGAGAGCGGCCCGGACUCCUGCCGGGAGCGUCGCCUGCUGGGCCGGUCCACCCUCGCUCCCUCGCGCGUCAGCGUCACCCCCAACGGCACGGUCCUGGAGGUGACCGGGCCCCUCUCCGACUGGUUCGGCCAAUCCGGCUCCCGGGAGGAGACGCCGGCCGGGGGGAAGGAGACGGCUCGGAACUGCGGGCCCCGGCGGCCGGACGCCCCGGCCUCGGACGUGCUGCUGAUGCUGCACUCGAACCCUUCGAAGGAGCAGAGCGGCCUGGGCGGCUCCCCCUUGCUGAGGGCAGCAGAAAACUCUCAGAGGGCCCGGGGGGCGAGGCUUUUCCGGGAGAAGUUCAAGAGACACCGGCGCCACAAGAAGGAGGAAGCCGUCAGCGGCGCCAGCGGCCGGUGCCGGAGGGUGAACUUCCACGUGGACUUCGGUCAGGUCGGCUGGAGUAAAUGGGUCAUCUAUCCCAAGCAGUACAACGCCUACCGCUGUGAGGGCGUCUGUCCCAACCCGCUGGGAGAGGAAUUCAAACCCACCAACCAUGCCUACAUCCAGAGCAUGCUCAAGUACUAUCACCCCAACCUGGUGCCCAACACCUGCUGCACCCCCGUGAAGACGAGGCCCAUGAGCAUGCUGUACCUGGAAGGCGACCAAGUCCUCCUGGGCCACCACGAAGACAUGAUCGUGGAGGAGUGCGGAUGCCAAUGAAGGAGUCCGGGAGAUCGGGAUCGGGGAUGAUCUUGGGCU